AUCUUCGCCCUCAUCGUCUUCUCCUCCCUGCUGACCGACGGCUACCAGAACAAGACGGACUCUUCGCAGCUCCGCUGUGUCCUCAACAGCAACAACGUGGCCUGCAGCUUUGCCGUGGGGGCCGGCUUCCUGGCCCUGCUCAGCUGCCUGGCCUUCCUGGCCCUGGACGCCCACGAGGGCCACAUCGCCUGCACCCGCUUCCGGACGGCCUUCCAGCUCCUGGACUUCAUCCUGGCCGUCCUCUGGGCAGGCACCUGGUUCCUGGGUUUCUGCUUCCUGGCCAACCAGUGGCACCGUUCGCCGCCCAAACAGUUCCUCCUGGGGAACAGCAGCGCCAAGGCCUCCGUCGCCUUCGCUUUCUUCUCCGUCCCCAUCUGGAUAUUCCAGGCCUACCUGGCCUUCCAGGACCUCCGCAAUGACGCUCCGGUCCCCUACAAGCGCUCCCUGGAUGAGGGGGGUGUGGUGCUGACCACCCUCUCCCCGCCCUCCGCCGCCAGCCCCAUCAACACGCCCACCACUGGCCCCAACAGCGUGAGUUACGCCAGCUCCGCCCUGUCCCCCUAUCUGACCACGGCGAAGGUCCCCCGCCUCGUCAUGAUGCCUGACAACUAGACGCCCUCAUCACCUCAGUAAAGAGCUCCCCCGCCCUGCAGAAGGGUUUCUGAAAACA